GUGAAAUCGUUUUGAGGUGGUCCUCUGCCGUUUUUGUCUUCAUUUCAUGACUCAUCAGACACACACUGAAACCGAUACAUAGACAGAGACAAAGACAACAAUUUCAACAAAACCCAUUUUCUUAGGAACCCCAAAUUUCAGUGAAAAAAAUUAUCACCCAAUCACCCUUCUUCUUUUUCUUCACAAAACAACAUAGAUUUUGUUCAUUCCAAUGAAUAGGAAUAUUCUACUAAUUCACAUUUCAAAGAAGAAAAAUAGUUAAUACCCAUUUUUCAACACCUUGUAAAGAUUGAAAAUUUACUCCUUUGAAUCAAGGGAAUUAAAUUUAUUUGGCGUUAAAGAAACGCACAGAAGAAAGAGUAAAAGAGAAAAAAAGGAAAAGUUUCAGUUUUUUUGGGUGAAGUUUUCAGUUAUUUUUUGUGUGAUUAAAUUAAUAAUAAAUUAAAAAAAAGGGUUUUGCCUUUUACUCUUUUGGAUUGGAUUGCGUUAAAGUUAAUGGGUUGGUGAAGAGUGACGUUUCAAAGUUGAAUUCUUUUUCUUCUUGGACAAGACUUAGUUGGUUUUUUUUUUUUUUUUUUACCUUCUUCAAAUCCAAAAAUUGGAGCUUUUUUUUUUUCUCUUUGGUUUUGUGUUUUGAGCUGAAAAAGAGAGAUGGGUUCGUACGCAAAUCUGGCUAGGAGGGCUGUGGAAACUGAUAUGCCGAUUAUGGUUCAGAUGCAGGAAUUGCUUCGAGGAGCUAAGAAUGCUGUGUCUUUGGCUCAGGGGGUGGUUUAUUGGCAACCUCCAAAGCAAGCCUUGGAUAAGGUGAAAGAACUCGUGUUCGAGCCUUCUAUUAGUCGUUAUGGUAACGAUGAAGGUAUUCCUGAACUCAGAGCAGCAUUAGUGAAAAAGUUGCGCGUUGAAAACAAUUUGCACAAAUCCUCAGUAAUGGUUACAGCAGGUGCCAAUCAGGCAUUCGUGAAUCUAGUUCUUACUCUGUGUGAUGCGGGGGAUUCUGUGGUUAUGUUUGCUCCGUACUACUUCAAUGCAUACAUGUCAUUCCAGAUGACUGGCAUUACCAAUAUACUAGUCGGUCCUGGUAACCCGGAAACACUUUAUCCAGAUGCAGACUGGUUGGAAAAAGUGUUAUCAGAAAGUAAACCUGUUCCGAAGCUAGUUACUGUUGUAAAUCCUGGCAACCCAACUGGAACCUACAUUCCUGAGUCUCUUCUAAAGAGGAUUGCGAAUCUCUGCGAGAAAGCUGGAUCUUGGCUUGUUGUGGACAAUACAUAUGAGUACUUUAUGUACGAUGAUCUGAAACACUCUUGUGUGGAAGGCAAUCACAUUGUCAAUAUUUUCUCUUUCUCGAAAGCAUACGGAAUGAUGGGAUGGCGGGUUGGAUACAUAGCAUACCCCUCUGAAGUAGAAGGACUUGCAACCCAACUUCUUAAAGUCCAAGACAACAUUCCCAUUUGUGCUUCAAUAAUUUCACAAUACCUUGCACUCUACUCCCUCGAAAUGGGACCCGAGUUUGUUACAGAACGCGUAAAAACUCUCGCCAAAAAUCGACAAAUCGUCUUAGAAGCCUUAUCCACUCUCGGAGAAGGUUCUAUUAAAGGAGGAGAAGGAGCUAUAUACCUUUGGGUGAAGAUCCCAACCGGGCACGGUUACAAUGAUUUUGAUGUCGUUCGCUGGCUAGCUAAUAGGCACGGAAUUGCUGUUAUCCCCGGAAGCGCAUGCGGAGCUUCAGGAAAUCUUAGAAUUUCGUUCGGCGGCUUGACGGAAAAUGAUUGUAGAGCAGCAGCAGAAAGGCUUAAGAAAGGGUUGGAAGAAUUGGUUGCAAAUGGUUUGGUAGAAGACAAGUAACAAAAAAUAGUGAGUUUAUAGAAAGAAAGUCCAUUUGCCAGCUGAACAAGUUUGUUGCAGCUGGUGCAUUUGAAUAAAUGUUGGAUUCAAUUUUAUAGCCUUGUUAAGUUGGAGGGUAGCAAGGUUUAAUAAUUUUCAUUUUGAAAAGUAGAUAAAUGCAUAAACUUUUGUCAUAUCAAUUGACUUCUAUAUGAUUUGAGAAAAAUGAUAUGCAGAGACACUUAUUAAAUUAGUUUUA